AUGGCAGACAUCAUCACCACAAUUACAGGCCGUGUUCCCUGCCAGAAUCGUCCCCGUCAUGAGAGGGAAUCCGAGAAAACUAUCGACAUCGAGCAGACAUCCUCCACGCUGCCCAAGAUCGACGAUCCGCCCCCAGACGGAGGAUACGGCUGGGUCUGUGUGGCCUGCAUCUUCUUCAUAAAUGGACAUACAUGGGGCGUCAAUUCGACAUAUGGCGUCUUUCUUUCAUACUACCUCAACAACGACUACUUCCCGCACACUUCGGCCCUGACCUACGCGUUCAUCGGUGGGCUAUCCAUCUCUCAAGCUGUCCUAAUCGCCCCUCUUGCAACGCACGUCAUCCACCUUUACGGCACGAAAGUAUGCCUUCACCUAGGCGUCUUCUUCGAGACAUUGGCCCUUAUUGGUGCCAGUUUCGCCAGGCAGAGAUACCAGAUCAUUCUAGCCCAGGGCUUCUGUUUCGGCUGGGGCAUGGGGUUCCUCUUCGUCGGCUCGGUGGGGAUCAUUCCUCAGUGGUUUGACAAGAAACGCAGUGUCGCCAACGCCAUCGCUGCUGCAGGGUCUGGCCUGGGUGGUUUGAUGUACAGUCUCGUCACCCAGCGCGUGAUUGACACGAUGGGUCUUCCAUGGGCGUUUCGUGUUCUGGGAAUCUGCAGUUUCGCAGUCAACCUGACGGCUUCAAAUCUCAUUCGCGACCGCAACAAACAAACUGGAUCGCGGCACAGAGCCUUGGACACGAAAAUUCUCCGGCGUCCUGAAUUCCUCUUUCUCCAAGGCUGGUCCUGGUUCAGCAUGCUGGGCUAUACCAUCUUGCUCUUUUCGCUGCCUGCCUACGGUCGCUCGAUUGGCUUAACCGCGCAACAAAGCUCCAUCGUAGGCGCAGUACUUAACUUGGGUCAAAUGCUAGGUCGACCCUUUAUUGGGCUCACCUCGGAUCGCUGGGGCCGUCUCAACCUCGCCACCUUUUAUACAUUCCUCUGCGGUGUCUUCUGCCUUUCAUUUUGGAUCCCUGCCGAAGUUGUCUCUUCGCCUAUGGGCUUGUUGUGCUUCUUUGCCAUCGUCGGCGGUGCACUGGCCGGCACUUUCUGGGCCACUAUUGCACCGGUCGCUGCCGAGAUCCUGGGCCUUGCAGACCUCCCUGCAGGACUCAGCCUGACCUGGCUUAUUAUGGUGCCGCCCACGACAUGCGCCGAGGCUAUCGCAUUGCAACUGCGACGUCAGCAUGCCCACAGCUGGGUCUAUCUGCCUCCCCAGAUCUUCACCGCUUUGACGUAUUUCGCUGCAGCAUUGUGCUUGUGGGUAGCACGAGGAUGGAAGGUUGGACAGCUGGAUUGGCAGGCAAGCGACCAGCGGGAAAGGGAGUGGGAGCUGGCGACGAGGCAAGAUAGUCCACUGACCGAGAACAAAGGCCCGGGGCCCGAUGGCAGCAACCUGAACGUGCCAAACGAGGGAACAGUCCGGGAUACCGCUCAGGAAAACGGCAUCACGACGAAACGGGACAUCUGGCGUACUAGAAAUAUGGUCAAGAAUAUGUUGGCCCGGGAAAUCGUGUAG